AUGUGGAAAGAGCGCGACCAUGCCGAUUUCGAGAUAUGUUGCGGUGAUGAGAAGUUCAAGGUUCACAUAGCUAUUCUCCGUGCCAAUUCUGACGUACUGGCCAAAACAUGCGACGACCACUCAUUUGAGGAAGCGCAAUCCAGUGUUUCAGAGCUUGAGGUACACCCUUACAAAGGCGAAAUUGACAAUCUCGGCGAUGAAGACGAUCCCGAGGUUGUAGGAGAGAUGAUCCACUACUUCUAUCACCUUGACUUAUCCCCCAAAGCUGGCGUGGUCUCACCAUGGGAUACUGAGCCUCAUGCCGAGCCUUCUCUGGUCUAUCUCGCCAGGAUCUAUGUGCUCGCAGAGAAGUGGUUCAUCGAAGGACUCAAAGCCAAGGUCAUAUCCGCCUUCAAGGAAAGUCUUUGGCGCCAGAUAAGUCACCCCGAGCUGAUUGAGGCUUGUCUUAUCAUCUACAAAAAGACCACAGAACCUGCUGACGAAAGAGGUCUGAAAGCUGCGGUCGCGAAGUCUUUGGCCAACGGCUUGGAGGAUUUCAAUAAGUGCAAGCAGUUCGAGGAACUGCGCCAGGAGUUUCUCGAACUGGCUGUUCGUGUCUUGAAGGAGAUUCCCAAGCCUCGUGCUUUGUGUCCUGGAGAAUGCAGCCAUUGUGGUAGGGGCGCACAAUUGGGCUGGUAGCCUGACCAGGCCUAGCCUGAAUCAGCCUUACAGAAGCUUGAAAUGGACUUGAAAUUUAACACUCGCGCAUCAAGUAUGGAGUUACCACUAGGGAUAUCAAUGUCAGUUGCCAAAGUUCUGCAACCGACAAGCCCCACGUUCAGUACACUAGAGCUCGACCUCCAAGAAGAUCGUGGUGGUUGAUCAACUAUUGCCUUAAGCAAGUACAUGCAGUAUCACCUUGAAAUUGACUCCAACUUUCUGUUCAAGCCAACGUCUGCGAGCUUCUGGAGAUUUGUUCAUCUUUC